AUAUAUAUUUCGUCGUAUUCCACCGAUUCGAGGCCUUGUGUUGAAUUCGUUUCGCAAUCGUUAAAAUGGCUGAUGAUGCUAUUUCUCUAUUGUGUAGUUCUGCCAAAUUAGAAAGGGACCGUGGUGUCGAAUCUCUAAACAAGUUCAUCGAUCAAACUUACGAAGCUGGGUUGGUGCCUUUAGAAAAUGAGCUAAUACGCUUUCUCAUUGAUUCAGAAUCGCCUUGGGAAACAAAGCAUGGGGCAUUAAUGGGUGCUAAAGCGAUUUUAACACACGGAAAGGCAAUUGUAUCGGCAACUUUUGAACAAUCAAUUUACGAAUAUAGCUUGAAUUUAUUAGAAGAUGAUGAAUUUCGAGUGCGAAUUGCUGCGGGCGAAGUUAUGGGUGUACUAUGUAGAAAAAUUGGAGUAAAAAUUUAUCAAGAAUGUUGUCAAAAUGUUAUUGAAGGAAUUGAAAUGAAUCUUGAAAGGCAAGCCCUCGAUGUCAAAGAAGAAGAAACAAAAAAGCUUCAAGAGAAAUUGGUUAGAAGUCAAUCAAGCGACGAGGGGAGUAGUAAUUCUGAUAGUUCUUCCUUAAGCGGUUCCAGUAAUGCAAGUCAGAUAUUUCACGACACCGCUGGUUGGAAAUCCCUAGAAACAUGGAUGAAGUGCUUGCAGAGUAUGAUUGAAGGAUGCAAAGAGAAUUUUAAUGACUUUGUAACGGAACAACUAUUAACCCUUGUUUUCAAAACUUUGACCCACACAAAUCGUUUUGUAAGAGAGACUGGAUAUUAUGUUUGCUCUUCUUUGGUUGCCUGUAACGCGGCGGAAGCAGGAAAGUUGGGGGAACGCAAUCAGAUUUUGAUGAAUGGUGACGAUUUUGCUAAACAUCUCUCCCAAGGCCUAGCUGACAAUUGGAGUCAAGUUCGUUUGGCUGCAUCAACUGCAACAAGAAGUUUUCUUAUAAGCUUACCAGCUGAUGAAAUUCGGAAAAGAUUCUUUCCCGUUCUCCUACCCCAAUUAUGCCUGAACAGGUACUACGUCGCUGAAGGUGUCCGAAUAUAUAAUCAAGAUACUUGGCGAUUAAUAACAGGGGAAAAAGGUAAAGAACUUGUUGAAGAGUUCAUAGAUUCAGUGGUCGAAUUUUAUAUAUGUCAAUCUGAGGCUGACAAUCAUGCCGUUAGAGAAGCUGCUUGCGCUUGCAUUGCCGAAUUAGGACUGAAAUUAAAGGCUUCUGUUGUUAGACCCUUUGUUAAACGUUUACUCGAUACUUUAUUGAUUUGUUUCAAAGACGAAAGUUGGCCUGUAAGAGACGCUUCAUGCGUUGCCUGUGGCAAUUUCGUUAAGUGCUUCCCAGACGAAGCUAGGGAUUCGAUGACCUCAUUAUAUCCUCUUUUCUUUGAAAACUUACAAGAUAGUAUUGCAUCAGUAAGAGAAGGUGCUGCAAUAGCUUUAUUCAACGUUAUCAACGCUUACGGGAGAGAAGCUUACAACAUUGUGGUAAAUAAAAUCAUAGAAGGGUUAGAAAACGUCAAAAAUCAAGCAGCAAAUGUUGAUAAAUAUUCUGGUAUUGACAAAGGACCAGCCGUGUAUGGAGUUGUCAAAAAAGCAAGAGAUAAUGAUGAAUCUUUACAUACAAACCAGCAAAUGUAUUCUUGUGGAUCUCUUGCACCGAAAAUGCAUAGGGGUAAAAGAUCUGGAGGUUGUAUGAAUAGUACAUUUAGAAAACCGCCAGAACCGUGGCAAAUGACUGAUGGUUGCGUUCAUUGUGUAGCUGAAUUAUCAAAAUUGUCGGAGUUCCUUCCCGAAACUGCAAAUCUAUUAUCCAAUAUUGUUAAAGCAGCUGGUUAUACACACUACACUCAACACGUUGUAUUGUGGGAAACAAUCUGUAAAAGGCUAAUAGAUAUUGCAAAGGGAUUAGGUAAACGUCUAUUCAAACCUAACUUGGAGCAAUUUUUUCCUGUCCUUUUCGAUUCAGCGAAUUGCGAUAGCGCUCUGACUUCAAAUGCAGCAAGGCAUUGUUGGAUGGAAUUGGCAAAAUUUUUGGGUCCCAAUAUUCUUCGAGGGAGAAUUGAAGCAAGCGAUUUCAAGUAA